GUGUCAAUGUCCCGGUUGGUUUUCCAUGGAAAUUUGCCAAUUUGGCCAUAUCUCCUCCACAUGAAUCAACCAUUAAUUCUUGAUAGGAAUUUACAAGGUCCAACUGCUGCGAUCGAAUCCUCACUCGUGUUCCUAUUUUUGUCGCCACACCUUCGUCACCCCAAAGUCAAUCAAAUUAUUCAUCCACCUCCCAGAAAAUAAUUAAGCUUAGUCCACUACUCCACUCCCUAUCAUAAGUCGUCCACACCAAAACAGAGCAUCGGCGGCGGCAGACGGAGGAGUGAAAGCUUCGUCUCCAAUUGUACAUGGCUUCAACGGCGCCGCACCGGCUCGCGCUGCUCCUGCUCGUCGCGGCCCUGCCGGCGGCCAUGUCCUCGUGCGCCGGCGAGGACUUCCCGUCCGGGAGGAGUUACGUGACGUGCGAGGACCUUCCCUACCUCGGCGCGUCGCUGCACUGGACCUACGACGCGUCCGGGCCCUCGCUGUCGCUGGCGUUCGUGGCCGCGCCGGCUGCGCCCGGCGGGUGGGUGGCGUGGGGCAUCAACCCCGCCGGCACCGGCAUGGUGGGCGCGCAGGCGCUUGUGGCGCUCGCGGGCGGCACCGCCAACUCAUCCGUGCAGGCCGUCGUCAGGACCUACAACAUCACCGGCUACGCGCCGCUCGGCGUAGCCCCGACGCCCAUCGCGUUCCCGGCCACCGGCCUCGCUGCCGACGUUGGUGGCGGCGGGAAGGUCCGGCUGUACGCGACGCUGCGGCUGGACAACAAGGGGGUUAAGAAGGUGGUGAACCACGUGUGGCAGGUCGGGUCCUCCGUGACCAGGGGAGCGCCCGACAUGCACGCCAUGGACCCCGACAACCUCGCUUCCAAGGGCAAGCUCGUCCUCUCCGACGGGGCUGCGGCGAGCGCUCCGGCGCCCGCCGGCGGCCCAUCCAGCUCCGGUGACGGUAGCGGCGACGGGACGCCGUUAAGCAGGGCGAUCUCACGGGCGGCGGACACGGCCGGAGUCCCGGCGCCUGCCGUCCUCGUACUGGCUGUGCUUGGCUUCUUGACGAUGACAAUCAUAAAUAGCAAAACCCAGAAAACACUUCUAUACUCUGUUUUGGAAUGACAUAUGCAGUUGAUGAAUACCGUUUACUGCCGCUUCUUCUUGUUUAUGUUUUGGCACCUAUUGAUGACUUAGUUUCUGAACCAGCACGAGUGUCAGUAAGGCUUAGUGCUCAGGGCAUCAUGAACAUCCUAGAGUGAAAUGUUGAGGUGAUCAUUACUUGGAAGCAUGCCUCCCCCUUUCUUUUUGCCUGCUACAUGAUUCUCAACUCUGUCCCACUCAAUGACCUCAAGAAAAAAUUCCCUAAAAAAUAGGAGAGUCCGUUUUUGGAUCAGGCGAUAGCGAGACCGGGCCAUAGGUCCACGCCUAGCAUGCACUAGUGCUGUUGAUUAUGCCUACAAGAUGCAUGAUCUGCGCAAAGCGCUAGCCCGGCCGGAUGAGCAGGUGGUGGCGGUUAUCAUCAAGGUUCAGUGAUUGUGGCAUGAUCUUGGCAACUUCGGCAGGGGGGCACCAAUUAACUUCUUUCCUUCCUCAAUGGCACGGCCAGUUGCUGUGACAAGGUGGUGGUGACCGCGACCACAGAGGACCCGGGCGGUCAACCUGGCUUAGCAGACGCAGCCGUGUAAAGAGGACCAGUUCGGCCUCAGCGUGCUGUCCUUGUCCCUUCCGAAUGAUGGAGGUGCUUGGGCAAGUCUAUUUUUCAUACAUGUGGGAUUUUUUUUUAUCGUUCUCACUUCUGGAUUUUUUUUUCUGUACAAAGCCAUUUUUCAGUCAGGAAG